ACGUCCCUUCCAUAUUAGAUUUGCUUGUAGUUGGUCCGUGUGGCCACAUCACUCUCCACCCAUUUUCUUCUGCGCGAAGUAGACAGCUUUUUGAUUUACUAGAAAUUCAGCCUUUCUAACAAGAAGGUUCGUUCAAGAACAUCCUCAGCAGAGUUUACACCGGAUUCUCCUGAAGAAGGCGGUCUGCCAGGAUGGGAGGUUUGCCAGGAAGCCUCGGUGUCAGGAGUGUGUGUCUAUGCUCUGCAGUUAUUACCUUCGCUUUUGUUCUUGCUGCGCUCUUUGUGCUGUUUCACACGGAACAUGUUGGUGAAGUUGGCAUUAGAUUGCUGGUCUUUCCCAAGAAGAAUAGCACUGCCUUUAGUCGGAAGCUACUCCAAUCACCUGACGGAGGUGACAUGAACCGGAUCGGCACAGCAUGCUCCAAGGAUGACAUUGCCAUAUUUCAAGGCCAAACAGCCCCACUUCCCGAUGGAAUCCCAGGCUACACGGUUCAGAUUCUUAAUGUAUGCGCCUCCGGUUGCGGCAUUUCCAACAUUCACGUCAGUUGUGGGUGGUUCAGCUCGGCCAGGCUGAUAAAUCCUCUAGUUUUCAGGCGAAUUUAUUACGACGAUUGUCUUGUCAACGACGGGGAGGCUCUUGGUCCUGGAGAAAGCCUCUCCUUCCAGUAUGCCAAUAGUUUCCGUUACCCUCUCUCAGUUUCAUCUGUUGCUUGUUGCUAAAGCACACAAGGCCGGCCACCAUGAUCCCAAUACUACCUAUAUUUUCUUUUCUAUGAUAAAUAUUACGCUAUGUAAAUGGGAAAAGAAAAAGGACUCGAACUCCGAUGGACCUUGGAUGUAUGUGUGUUUAUGCUCAUGUACUAUCUUUCUGUCCUCGAAUUCUGUAAAAUUUUACUUUUUA